AUGUCGAAAUCGAAGCAAACCCAUGUAGGAAAACCCAGCCUAGAAUGUAUAGGAGAGGACCUCAUUCAGAAUAUACUAUGCCGGCUGCCGGCCUCAGCCUUCGCAUCGGCGGCGUGCGUUGGCCGCUCUUGGAAUUCUACAUGUAAUCGCAUCCUAUUUUCUUCCCCUAAGCUUUCAUCGGCCAUUUCUUUCAACCCUUCGCUUGAGGAAGCUGUGAAUGAAGUUAUAAAUAAAGUUUUAUCUAAGCCCAUACGACCUCAAUUUGCCCUGGCCUCUAUUGGCUCCUCAUUUAGCUUGGAAGAAGCUCACCAACUCAUUACUGAAAAAUUUGCUCCAGAGAUUCCAGUAAUUGUCAAUUGCCCGGAGGGGAUUAUUGGGAGAGAGGCACUUACAGAUGAGUUUUUAGAGGUUCAACGGAAAGUAGCUGAGGGUGAAGAUCAUGGUGGGGCUUCACCUGAUCAGAAUGUGAACCAAGGCAUCAUAUUGAUAGUUGGUUUUUUACCGGGAUUAAAGGCCCAUAUGUUGCCGUUGUUUUAUCAAGAGAAGUAUCAGGCGCUUCUGAUUGAUGAAUUUGUGACGGGCAUCAAGGAAUACACAUCAAUUGUUUCAGGGUUUGCAUCUCCUGCAGCAAUUGUUUUGUUUUCUGGCCGGGAAACUGACAUCAAACCUGUGCUACAGAAGUUGGAUCAUGCCUUUUCCUUGGACACGGCAAUUGUGGGUGAUGGGGAUAGUGACUUCUUAUACCGAAGCGAUGACAGAAACAAUACAAACAGGAGAUCCGCAGCAGUUGCCCUUCUAUUUGUGAAGGAAAGAGACAAACCUCUAGGCAUAGGGGAAACUAAAUUUCAUGUCAUGCUAUCAGCUGGCUUAAUGCCAGUUGGUUCCACAUACAAGGUAGUAGCUGCUGAAUGCGAUAAAAGUUCGACAUGGCUCACUGCAACAAGAAACACACUUGAUGACGCUCUUGAUGGCCAAAGUAUUUUAGAUGAGAUCUAUAAUGAGUUUGGAGAUCGUAUUGAGGCUCCCAUUUUCUACCUUGGAGUAACGAAAAGAAGAAGAUGCUCAGUUGGGCAGGAAGAAGCAAGACAACAAACAUUUCUCGAAUUCCACGAAGUUUUGGGAGGGGACGACGAGUAUCUACAUGUCAACCAUGUCGACAUUAAUUCUGGAGAUCCCUUUCGCUUUUACCUCUGCAAUUAUAAAGCUGCGUUAUCUUCUUGUGAUGUAUUAUUUGAUAAACUCAGACAUUUGAAGCAAGAUUGUAACUGCACAUAUGAUCGUGUUGGUAACAAAAGGGAAGUGUUUGGUGGCAUAAUAUUCUCUUGCUCUGGUCGAGGUGACUCCUUUUUUGGACAACCUGGUAUUGACAGCUCGCCUUUUCUGGAGAACUUUCCUGGGGUUACUUUUGGAGGAACUUACUGUCAUGGGGAAAUUGGACGGGGCUAUUGUAGCUUGUACGGGCAAGGCAAUAAAGAAGGUGACGUUGCGCGUUGUUCUUGGCAUGCCUUUAGCGCUGUCUACCUAAUCAUGUCGUACACUCCUCCACCGCCGCAGAGUAAGACCACGAGUGCUGAACCUGGUUGUUCGAGUUCAAAUCAAUGA